CGAGAGAGGCGUACAGAGUCCGGCAGCUGGAGGGCGGACAGGCUGGGGCAGCACGGAGCGCAGCCCCGGUCGAGGCGGGGCGAUCGUUCCAGUCGACGGCAGCCGAACGCGCUCACGCCCGGAGAUCGCAGAGGAAACUAAACCGGUUUCACGGGGACUUGACAGCGUGAGGCGGCGGGGGCAGGACGCCGUCAACAGCCGCCGACCACUGCCUGGACCCCGGGGGGAAGCGGACAUGAGCCGGGGAAAGUUCGGUCCACGCAGCGCUUAACAGACCGGGGAUGGCUCGUCGAUCCCAGUGUUCCUCUGCGGGGGAGAACCCCCUGGACCCAAACUACCUGCCUCCCCACUAUCGUGAGGAGUACCGCUUGGCCAUUGACGCCCUGGUGGAGGAGGAUCUGGAAGGGUACUACCAGUUCCUGCAGAGAGCGGACGUGGUCGACUUCCUUUCCACUCCUGAAAUCCAGUACAUUCAGAGCUGUGUUCAGGUGCCUCACCAGGGCAGCCACCUAGAGCAGCACUUUCUGGAGAGUGGAGGAGAUGGUUCUUCAGACACCUACUGGCCGAUCCACUCUGACCAGGAUGUGCCAGGUCUGGACCUGGGCUGGCCCCAGAUGAAUCAUUUCAUGGGACCGACUGAGGUCACCACCCUAAUCAACCCCCCUGAGCUGGACAUGCCAAGCAUCAAGGAUCAGGCCCGACGGCUGAUCAAGAACGCUCAGCAGGUCAUCGCCAUAGUGAUGGACACGUUCACUGAUGUCGACAUACUUGCAGAUAUUCUCAAUGCUGCUAUGAGGAACGUGGCCGUCUACAUCCUGCUGGAUGAGCAGAGUGCACACCUCUUCAUUCAAAUGGUGCAUAACUGCAGAGUAAAUCUGCAAAACUUUGAAUUUCUGCGGGUUAGAACAGUGUCAGGGAUGACAUAUCAGUGCCGCUCAGGGAAAUCCUUCAAAGGUCAGAUGUUGGAUCGCUUCCUGCUGACUGACUGCAGAGCUGUUCUGAGUGGAAAUUACAGCUACAUGUGGUCCUUUGAGAAGCUGCACCGCUGUAUGGCUCACCUGUUCCUUGGACAGUUCGUCACCACUUUUGACGAGGAGUUCCGGAUCCUGUUUGCGCAGUCGCAGCCGCUGGUUAUUGACAUGCCUGCUCAAAUGGAGGAUUUCAGCCUCUCACAUAAGAGACAAUACCCAGACGAGAAGGCUCUGAUGUAUCGAGAGCCGCGGAAGUUUCUGCCCGGGAAUAUCGGUCAGUCCGAUGAAUGGAGAAGACAUUCUUUUGAAGAGCGGGAAGGGGAUUGGAAGAUGAUAGCUCUAAAAAAGCAAGGGUCCCUGCGCGGCCCUGCGGACACGUACGGCAGGUUUGCCUCCCAGCAACCACCCAUGGAUCCUGGCUUUGAUCAAGGCCCAUGCCGGAUUCCCAUGGUGGAAAACCAAGCUUACAAACGCCACUCAUAUGCUGAAGGGGGUCAGGACAGAUUAUUUUUGCCGCACCAGCAGAGGGUGCCCGACUUUGAUCUUCAGGGAAAGCCUUUUCCCAAAGGUCCCCAUCCCUAUGCAGGGCCAGAAGCAAACUACAGCAACUAUGAUAAGUUUUGGAAUCAAGACUUUCAGCCUACAGACCAAUACUGUGAUCCUGGUUUACCACAAGAAGUGCAACUAUCAGAUAACUUUGACCCUGUCCUAAACUAUUUAUCAUCUACUAGAAAUGUGGACUUUGAUCAGAGCUCAGACAAAUUACAGACAGGUUUGCCCUUCGGUUCCUCUCAGCUGAAGAAACCCGGUUUUGGUCAGCCAUACACUUGUCAGACGUCUCCCACUCCCUCAAACUCAGCUGAGCAGAAGCUCUUUUUACAAGAACCCUCUGCAGACCGUAAGGAUCCUGCAGUGAAGCGGGGCCUAAGGAACUGGAGGAUCAGCUCAUACCUCAGUGCAUAUGACAGCUCUGGAGAGGAGGGCUUACCACUGGCACCAGUGCAGGCCCCUGAUCCUUUUGAGGAGCCCGCUAAUCCCCCGCAGCAAACUGCACCAGGAACCACCUUGCCCACUUUUAAAAUUCCUAACAUCCGAGAGUUUAAGGUUCCUGCUGCUCCCAGGACAAGCCAGAUUCUAAACUACGGCAAAACUCUGGAGCAGCCGAGGAAAUUAUUAGAUGUCGGUGCGGAGGCAGGAGAAAUCAGAACAUCCCCGACUCCAUCAGAGUCCUCUUCUACCAAAGAAGGAGAAAAGACACAAGAGGAGCAAAAAGAGACAAAAAGCACUGCAGUUCGGAGGGAGGAAUCCUUCAGGAGGAAUUACAACUCUGCUCUGCAGAGGAGCUCCAGGUUAAGAUCCUCCCUGAUCUUCAACUCUCUGGAUCAGCACCCGACCGGGGAAGAAACAUCUGCCUCCGAACAACAGGAUGAACAAAAGGAAAAAACGGAGACCGAACAGACUAAACCUCCCUUUGUGUCCCAGGUUUUGGGACAGAGGAGAGCCGGGGGGAGAGAGCUUUUUGAUUGGACCCGUAGUCUAAAGUCUUCUUGUGAUGCCUCGUCCUCGGAAUCCUCCAAACCAGAUGAAGUAAGCUGUAAACCAGAUAAUAAAGACCCAUCAAAUGAGGAAAACUCAAAAGAUCCUCCAGCAAACCCAGAGGCACAGCAGUCAUUGAAACUGACAGAUGUGAAGCAAGAUAAUCUGUCGUUCCCAGGGCCACAGUCCAAGCCCGCUGACGUCGAGCCUCCCAAAACGGAGAAACCGGUACCAGCAAAACCUUCACCUGCUAAGCCGUUAUUUUUAGAUUACUUAGAUAUGAGUGAUCCAGAUAACAGGCUCCUGUUUUUCAAAGAGUUGGCUGCACAGCGUAAAGCUGCUCAGGCGGCAGAGGCAGAGAAGAGUAAAAAGAAGGCAGAGUUAAAGCCUGAGUCCUCCUCUUCUUCCGAAAAGCGAGAACUUCCUUCAGUAGUCAUCUCAGACACUUCAAUACCUGAAGAUCUGUCACAGGAAAAUGCAGGAUCUGCAGGGAAGACGUCAAUAGAAACAUGUGAUUCGGCUCCUCUGCCUUCAGAAGCCGAUGAAAAAACAAGCAAAGGCGACACUGUGUUCAAACUGGGCGACAGACGAGAAACCAAAGCUUCAGAUGAUUCACAGCUGGGAGGGUCUCCUUCUAAUCUGCCUUUGUCUUUGGGAACUGAACCGUGUAAACCGUCAGAAGAGACAAGGGGUGCCUUUAUAAAGGAAACUAGUGAUUUACCCAGAUCAGCAGAUGAUACGAUAGCGAAGCUGCCAUCUCUACAUACUGAAGACAGCACAGAGACGUCCUCUUCUUCAGAGAGGUCCUCUGUAGUCACCACCAGUUCUGGGGGUGAUCCUUUACUUUCUACAGUUGAAGUCCAAAAAUCUGAAUCAGCUCAAACCAGCGUCUACACUCCUGAGCCACAAGCAGAACCAGACCUCUCCAACCCACCAGGUUUACACAACAGUCCCCGGACUUUCUCUGGUUCUGGUUUAACUCCGCCCCCUAACCUAUUACCAAACACUGCCAAUCCCGAGUCUGUGGUCUCGUCGCCACCAGAGUCCUCCUUCUCUGCUGAAGAAUCUUCUCAAACAUCCAACAUUUUGACCAAACAAACUCUUCCAGAUGUAGCUUAUCAAUCUGAUAUGCAGUUAACAUUUGGCUCCUCCCACGAGGAGUCCAACACUUUCCCUUUAGAAACCAGCACUUUAUCAUCACAGUCCACCUCAAACUGUGAGGAACGUUCUGCCUCAUCUCCAGAGAAAGACGUUUCUAGAUCAGAAACAGCCGAACCAGAUCUUUGUUCUUUUCAAAGUACGGUUAAGGACGUGACUGAGGUUCUUGAAUCACCAGAGUUUGAGAAGCCUGGCAGCACAUCUCCCAUUCUCAGCCCCUCAGUGGGUCAACAAGACAGGACAGGUUUACUCAGCUGUGAAACCUCAAUCUCCAGGCCUGAUUUAAAGGCCGCCAUUAUUCCUGAAACUGCUGCAGCAGACGCUCCACCUAAACCUUUACCUUCUCAUAUAACACUCGGUACAGACCCCACUCCUCUUUCUGUCUCUGACACACUUCCUUCUCCUCAUGACAAACCAGAACAAGCUGCACCCCCCAGUGACACUAACCCGACAAACUCUGAUGCUCCCACGCCGGCCAAAGCAGAGCUGCCUGCUCUUGAGUCAGCUUUGACCCCUGAAACAGAAAAGACAGAAACCAUGUCUUCAUCAGAGGAAAAACUUCCUGUCAGUCUACAAUGUUCAGAGUCUCUGAUUCCCCCAUCAGUAGAGCCUACCUCUGAACCACUCACAGAGGGUCAUUUGCCUUGCAAAGCAGUUGAAGCAGAUUCCCCUGAGAGCCACACCCUGCAGGCUCCUGUUCCUGCAGAGAGUUCUCUAAAAGAGCCUGAAUUACCUGAAACAGGUGAGAAAAACCCUCGUGAUGUCGAGGACACGAACAAGAACCACGAAAGUGGUUCCCAAGAGUCCAUGCGAAGUGAGAAAAGUUCUGUAGCGACAGACGCGUCGUACAAACAACCAAAAUCCAACCAGUCUCGCUACUUCUCAUCAACAGCCAACGUGCUCUCGAGCAGUAACCUACGGGAUGACACAAAGCUGCUUCUAGAGCAGAUUUCUGCCAACUGCCAGAGCAGAAACGAGGCCGUCAAAGAGUCGCCCGUCACUGACGACGAGAAAGAAGACGGGGCGGACAAAAACGCCAUGAGAGGCACGGUCUAUCGGAGGGGGCAGACCAAGUCUCCUCACGAGCGUGAGAAGCUGCUGGAGCGGAUACAGAGCUGUCGGAAGGAGAGGAAAGUUUACAGCCGCUUUGAGAUGGGGCCUUAAGGAGACCAAAUCAAGAAGUCGUUUCCUUUUCACACAAAGACUGAGUUUGAUGGAAGUCGACACCUCAGCGCACAACAAGAAGAGAAUGGAGAGAAGAGAGUUUUGAAACUCCCGGUCGUGUUCAACGUGAGGAGCGUGGCGUGCUCCUGGGAGGUGCACGUUUUACUGACCGCAUGGGUGAAGUGCAAUGUCUGCAACCGUCUUUGCAACCAGGCCCGACCUUGGCUUUUUAUUACAACACUCACAACAGCUGUUAUAAAAGAGUGCUUGUCAAGUGUUAUGUAAAAUCCAGACUUUGUAGAAUAACUUUGUAAUUUAGAUUAGAGCUGUCACUGUGGUCAGAAAUGUGUAAAUGAAAGAAACCACAGACAACCUAUCAGUUCAUACCAGCGACAUUAUUUUUAGUCAUUUAUUCCAACUGGUUUGACCAAAGAACUAUUUUAGUUUGUCUAUUUGAAGCUGUUUUUCACAGCAAACAUGCCAGAUGACUCAAAAAGGGGAAACUUUUUUGUUUUUAAAAUCAUGUUUACCAGAGUAUGUUUAGAUGAAUAUUAUAUAUUUUCCUGUUAUAUUACAUUGAAGAUCAUCACCCUAAAAAAGUAUUUUAUAAAUGAGUAUAACAUUAAUUUGAAAGUAUUUCAGGCAAUGUUUGGAAUUUGUCAAUAAAGUUUUGAAAAAUCAA